UCAGUGUACACACACAUCCUCCUCACCCUGAUUAUUCAUCUCAAUAUUUAUAUCCCUGCACCCAGCGGGUACCGCUUAUAAGCGGCCGGGGAGGUGAGCAACCGAACGUGGUGUCUGGAGAGGAGCACGCCGACUGCACCGGGAGCUAGAGAGAAAGCGGACGGAGGAGACCCGAGCUCGGCCAGUUCCCCCACACCUCCUGCUGCCUGCAUGUAUUUACUGUCUAGUGGUUCCCGCUUAGCCCCUACCCCCAGCCGCCGCCGCCAGCAGCAACGACCGGGCCCGAAACCGCAGCGACUGAGCCCGUGUUGUGAGGCGCUGAAUGCAGACUAACAGGGAUGCCCAAAGAAAAAUAUGACCCUCCUGAUCCUCGUAGAAUAUAUACAAUCAUGUCAGCAGAAGAGGUGGCCAAUGGCAAGAAGUCUCACUGGGAUGAAUUGGAAAUUUCUGGGAGGGUGCGAAGUUUAAGCACAUCGCUUUGGUCAUUGACACACUUGACUGUGUUACACCUCAGUGAUAACAACCUCUCUCGUAUUCCACCUGAUAUUGCCAAGCUCCACAAUCUGGUUUAUUUGGACCUCUCUUCCAAUAAGCUCAGAAGUUUACCAGCAGAGCUAGGGAACGUUGUGUCUCUCAGGGAAUUGCUUUUAAAUAACAAUCUGUUACGGGUUUUACCUUAUGAACUGGGGCGACUGUUCAGGCUUCAGACCCUGGGUUUAAAAGGCAAUCCUUUAUCACAGGAUAUUCUCGGUCUGUACCAGGAGCCAGAUGGGAUCAGAAAGCUACUGAACUACAUGCUUGACAAUCUAGCAGUUCAUCCAGAACAGCUUCCUCAGAGGCCGUGGAUUACUUUAAAAGAACGAGACCAAAUUCUUCCCUCAGUUUCCUUCACAGUUAUGUGUUACAAUGUCCUUUGUGAUAAAUACGCUACUCGGCAGCUUUACGGCUAUUGCCCUUCCUGGGGAUUAAAUUGGGAGUACCGAAAAAAAGGCAUCAUGGAAGAAAUAGUCAGCUGUGAUGCGGAUAUCAUCAGCCUUCAGGAAGUUGAAACAGAGCAAUACUUCACCCUUUUCCUGCCAGCAUUAAAAGACCGUGGAUAUGAUGGUUUCUUUUCUCCAAAGUCACGUGCCAAAAUAAUGUCAGAACACGAGAAGAAGCACGUGGAUGGUUGUGCAAUAUUUUUCAGAACAGAAAAAUUUUCUCUGGUGGCAAAACAUACUGUGGAAUUCAACCAGGUAGCCAUGGCCAACUCUGAGGGAUCAGAAGCUAUGCUUAAUAGAGUUAUGACAAAGGAUAAUAUUGGCGUCUCUGUUUUGCUUGAAGUCCACAAAGAUCUCCCUGGGGGAGGUAUGAAGGCUCAUCAUUCAACUGAUAAACAGCUUCUUAUGGUAGCUAAUGCCCACAUGCAUUGGGACCCGGAAUAUUCUGAUGUCAAGCUUAUCCAAACUAUGAUGUUUGUCUCUGAACUUAAAAGCAUUCUAGAGAAGGCAGCAAGCAGACCUGGCAGCCCUGCACCUGAUCCAAAUUCCAUCCCGUUCGUGUUGUGUGCUGAUCUGAACUCCUUGCCAGAUUCAGGUGUGGUGGAAUAUCUAACCAAUGGAGUGGUAGCUGACAAUCAUAAGGACUUUAAGGAGCUUCGAUACAAUGAGUGUCUCACCAACUUCAGCUGCAAUGGGAAGAAUGGGACCCCAGAUGGAAGAAUUACACAUGGCUUCCAGCUGAGGAGCGCCUAUGAAAACAACUUGAUGCCUUACACCAAUUACACUUUUGAUUUCAAAGGUGUCAUUGACUACAUCUUCUACUCCAAGACACACAUGGAUGUUCUUGGCGUCCUGGGGCCUUUAGACCCUCAGUGGAUGGCAGAGAACAACAUCACUGGCUGCCCUCACCCCCACAUACCUUCUGACCACUUCUCACUGUUAACGCAGCUGGAACUCCACCCUCCACUUCUGCCUCUCAUCAAUGGUAUACACUUGCCAAGCAGGAGGUAGUGCUGAAUGAGGCUUGGCAGUCGUUCUCAUGGACCUGUACAGCUGUAAAAGAGUCUGUAGGAGUGAAAUAUGGCCAACCUAAAGCUGCUUUUUCACGGCUCCUUCCCUUCUGUCAAAGCCGUGUUUCUGCAUUUUUUUUUGCAGGGAGGCAAUAUUUGACAUUGGGGUUGGUACAGAAUCUGUCCUCCUCCCCCCAACUGUGUUUUUGUUACUUUUUAAACAAGCUUAAUUUUUUUUUAUUUUUUUUUUCUUCUACUCUCCCAUGAGUUUUGUCUUGUAAAAAAAUAAUAAUUCCAUUGACAACAGCUAGAUACCAGGCUAUUUUCCCUUUUAAGUAUAGCUGAAUCCCAAUGAGUAGUUAAUAAGGAGUUCCAACUCUGUAAUUGUCCUAGGAAAAAAACAUGAUUUUUACCCUACUUUUUGAUGGCUACCUUAGCUCUCCUAAAAGUAAAGCACAACCUUGUUUUACCCCCUUUCCACGCUUCCACACUUUCUUCCAUAUAUGUAUCCUAGAAAUGAAUUACUUUUAAGAGGGGAAAAUACCACCUAUUCCUCUUGAUUUCCCCCUAUAUUUUUGGCUGAAGAAAACCCACUGUCGGUGGCUGCAAAGAGAAUUGUGAACAGUUUUUUUAAUCAGUCAUGCAUUUACUGUACCUCUUCCACAAUGUGAUCAGGUCAAUGGUAGUCCAUUUUUUUUUUUAAUUCUGUAUUUCAGCCUUAAAUGCUAUCUGUCACCUUGAUCUUGGACUUUCAUCAGCAGUACAAUGAGUAGUACUGCACAUACGGAGUCCAGAUGUUUUAGUUUCCUACUGAUCCCCGCCCCCUCACUGUCAGGGUUUAAACCUGUACAGAAUUAGUCAGGACUGCUGUCAUGCCAACACAAUGGAAGAGGACUCCUGUGCACAUGCACAGCAGUCCCGACAAUGUGUUUCAGUGCAGCUUUAAACCAUGACAGUAGUGGAACACAGGUGCAGUAGGAAAAUGGUGAUUUGAACCCCUUAUUUGUAGUAUUUGUCAUGUAUUACUGAAGAUAGUCCAAAAUUGUGGUGACAGAUUAACUAUUCACAUUUAUAAUAUUACUGGAAGAAGGAAAAGGAUAGAUUGCCAGUCCAACACUGUCACCAAAGAUCCUACUUAGUAACCCAAUUUAUAUAAUUUAGUAUUUUAUUUUUAUCUUUAAAAUAAUUUAGUCCCUCACCCAAUCUCUAUUUCUGGCUUAACCAAUUCUGAUUACUAUUGGUUUGGAAUCAUUUAGACUUUUUUUAUUUUUUUUGGAAGGUAGCCAAAAGGAGCGAGCAGAGGUAGUUUACAUUCUACAGUCGGGUUUCACAUGCUAUCAUUGGCCAGUUUCCAACAUCCUGCAUUUUCAAGACUUUCCAUCUAAAUUCCCAGAUUAAAAAAGAAAACCUCCUGUCCCCAUCUGAUAAGGUUCUACAAUUCAACUGUAGAGUAGCUUUGUAACAAUAUGUACCUUGCCUAAAGGUGGUCUUCAACUUUUUGUUCCCUGACGCCUGGCCGUGAAGGGUUUAAAGAGUCUUGCUGUUAAUUAAAAAAAUAUAUUUUUUUUUUUGAGAAAAAUUUGUAUUGCACUGGUUAAAUGGCCUCUAGCUGCAACAUUUUCUUGUCUCUUGCUGCUAUGUUUUUAAAACUGCUUUUAAAUGAAAAUAAUUCUCCAAUGCACUUUAUUGCUUUGUUUCCCAAUGUGGUCACUUCUCAGACACAAUCUUUUCUGAACUUUUAACCAAGGGCCCUUUUAGAAAGUGUUACUGCUUGAUGCGAAAAGGUCCAUUCGAUGGGUAUAAACACAGGACUCUUCCCCUUUCACUAAUGACUGCAUUUCCCUCCUGCCUGUGGGUUUCCCCACAUAGUUUCUAUAGACCGUUUAUGUAUUUUACGUAAGGUACAUAUAAUCUGCAGUCUCCACUAAAUUCCUAAAGUGCCUUCGUAGAUAUGUUUAAUAUAAACUCUCUAUUCCACAUGACUAUAAAAGAUUUGGUGAUGAAGUAAAAUGCCUUGUGUAGCCCUGACAAUUGCCUGGUCUACACUUGCACCUCUAAGGCCAUGUUUACGUGUGGUUUUUGUAUGAUUUAUUUUAGCCACAAAUGUGAUUACAUCAAGAGAUUUUUAUUUAUUUUUUUGGCUUAAAAUGCAUCAAAACCACACUCUUUAAACAAGGUCUAAAUGUUUUUUGUUUUGUUUUUUUUUUGCAUCAAACUUUGCUUUGAAUGCACUUGUACCCACAUGCCUCUCUAAAACAGAUGCCAUAGGGUUACUAAGAAAUGCUUCUAUGGAGUUGUCCACUUGCUUUCCUGUGUAGCAUAGGUGGUGCCAGGUGUUGUCUGAAAAUGACUAACUUACAACUUUUUGUUAUCGGCCCAAGAGAAACUAGAAGAAUAUUUUAGACCCACUUUGGGAACAAUUUGGUUACCACAAAUGCAAUGAAUCAGAAUUAAACUUUCACAUAGAAAACAAGCUAGAUUAUCUGCAUCUACAACUUCUCAGGUACUGUAUAUAUUGUUAAACUGUAAAGCAUCAGACAAAGGAUUAUUGUUAAGGUAGUCCGCUCCUUUCUGCAGAAGUGACAUGUAUGUAGCAGCACAAAGUACUUUAAAUAUAACAAGUCCUACUCAAUUAGGGUCAUUGUUCAUAAUGGAAGAGCAUGUCACUUAUCAGAACUUCUGUUUGUAAAUUUUUGUUUGGGCAGUGUCCAUGUCGCAUUGAAUGAUGGGCAUCACUGCGCAUGUACGAGUCAUUUAAUGAAUACCAGCUACUUUUAUGAAACUUUAAAUGCUUAACUGCUGCAGUGUUGACUACCUGAAGCAUUCGCCCAUGUAUUUUUGGGUUCAGUAUAAGAAAUAAAUGUACUAGAUCAUGUCAAAGUCAGUAUGUUGUCUUUAGGUUUCUACAUUUUUUUUAUUUUAUUUUUCAGUUGUGGUUUCUUUUCAGUAACAUUUUUGAUACUGGCUGAUUUACUCUCCCUUGCUUUAUAUUGGUUAACUUUUUCAACGUGACCUUUUGCCAUUUGUUUGCAUUGAACAAAGCAAGUGAAUGCAAAAAAAACAUACUCCCCAUCUCUAUUUUAUUUGCAGUAAAUGUGGCCUAGGCUGUCCUACCUGUGACUUUAAAGUUUUAACGUUUAUAAAUUGAGUUAAUAAAACAUGUGAAAGGAUAUUUUAAUAAGAAACAAUGUCCAGUUUUUAUUCAUAAAAAAUUGUACUGUGUAAAAUUGUAAGAAUAAAUUUUUUUUUUUUUUUUUUUUUUGCUCAACCCCUUCACCGCCAGAGGUUGGAACAAUUUGAAGACCCCCCCCCCCCCCCCCCCCUCUAAGGUCAAAGGGGUACAUUUGCUUUUCAAACAUGGUUUGUUUUGCACUCGAUCUGUCUGUCGAUAUUUCUGUUGUCCUUGCCUAUGAAUGCCAUUAAAUCCAUUAUGCAUUGGUAAAAAGCAGAAGCACUGAUUUAUUUACUGUUUCCUAAUGUAAUUUGAAGGCUUUUUUAUUUUUUUAUUUUUUAUGGUUUCUAUUGCUGGCUUCUACCUUCCCCUUUUUUUUUUUUUUUUUUUCCUGCAGAAAUUUUGAAAACUCUAAUUUAUUGUCAUCCAUGUGGUUUAGGCUGAGUUCAUAUCACUGUUUAACUUUCCAUUCUUCAGCUCCGUCAGAAGAACACAGGGAUAAAAGAAAAACGGACCCAGUAUUUUGAGCAUCAGUUUGUCAGUUAUUUUUGAUGGAAGAAAGUCAUGCAUGCAGUACUGAUCAUAACGGAUGCUCAGAAAAGACGGAUCAGUUAAUUUAACUAAACUGUGAUGUGAACUCAGCCUUACU